UUCUCCGGCAGAAUCCAUCAUGAGUCAUCUCCCUCGAGGACCGAUCGAUUUGUGAGCGAAGACACACCACCCAUGGGUGUUGAUGAUCCUACCAACAUAGCCGGGAGUAUGGCAAUAGUUGAUUCAUGGGGGACGAAAAGAAAGCAGGUCUAUCUAUGGACAUGCUGUGGGUGUGGAAACACCGGCAUGCCAAUUAGCUACUCAAACUGUCAGACCUGUGACGUCGCACGCUGCGCAUAUUGCGCUGUCUCCAAAGUUCGAAUCUGAUAGCUUCUGGCAUGCCAAGGAAAGCCGGUCGUGUAACGGACAGGUCAAAGAGAUUGCGGGAAAGGGGGGGACAAACGUACGGCGAACUGCCUCUACAUGGAUCGCCA